UCUCAGUGUAGGUUCAAAAUUGUGUUAACAUUUUCAGUCGGUUGUGAAAUUCUCAAAACUGGAUUUAUAAACAAUCGUGGUAAUUAUUUCUCAAUCCUGAAGAGUCGACUCUGGUGGAUCACUUCUGAAGAUGACCAUGAAGAACUCAGCUUUACUACUGCUGGUGUCCUGGCUCGUGGCUGGGUUCCUACCUGCCACAGCUAACGAAAACACAGACGAUAAGAAUCUCUGCGUCAUGACCGAUGUUCUAGUAGCCAUGAAAGAACUACUGGUUAUGUUAAGUAAUGAAAUACGCGAAUUAAAGCAAGAGGUGACGAAUACGUGUAAGCCUAGUGGUGACAGUGGUGGUGUUUGUGCUUGUGGUGAUGGUGAAGAUGGUGGUGAAGGUGGUGUUGGUGAAGAUGGUGGUGAAGGUGGUGUUGGUGAUGGUGUCGACAAUUUGACUCAAAACGAUACACAGCUCCCAGAGGAUAAGACCGAAAAUGAGAUCAAUGAUAUCCUAGAACCUAUAACCAACCUCACUAUCACCACCACUAUCGACCCCUUCUUCGACUACAACGACACUGACUAUGAGGAAGACACUGACUAUGAGGAACCCCUGGAUCUCCUCGCUAAUUGGUGGAAUUCUAUAUCACCUUUCUCUCCUAAGCCAACCGGAGGAACGGAUAAUUCUACAAUAGGGCUUGGUGAGGAUGGUGGUGAUGAUGAUGAUGAUGGUGGUGGUGAAGGUGAUGAUGGUGGUGGUGAUGAUGGUGAAGGUGAUGAUAGUGAAGGUGAUGAUGGUGAAGGUGAUGAUGGUGAUGAUAAUGAUGAUCUUACCACAAAACUAACUACUACUACUACUACUACUACAACUACGUCUACUACUGAAGUGCCUUAUACUUUACCACCUGUUCCCACAUCAUGUCCAGUGCCAUUCAGACUGGAAGCCGAGAGCUGCUACAUAAUCUUCAAUAAUAAAGCGGACUGGAGGUCUUGGGGAGGUGCUCACGCUAUCUGCCAGAAUUACGGUGGAGGAUUGGCUGCCCCCUGGCGACUGUCGCAACUUCAGGAGUACAUCACACGGGAAUACUCCGACACCUUUUGGGUAGGAGCGCGGGUCACCACAGGCAAGAGGUCAUGGGAUUGGCUCUCAGGCAGGGAAGUUGCCAAGAAUGAAUGGAAACCCGGCCAACCCAGCAAGAACCCCAGUCAAAAGUGCAUGCACCUCGACAAAUGGUCAGGUUACCGCGGCAAAAACUACUUCUGCGGUGCAAAGUUCCCAUUUAUUUGCGAGUUCCGAGAGUCGCCAGUAAACGAAUAACUCUACUGGGGCCUAGGGAUCGGAGCAAGACUAUACUGUACACUGAAUAUUCUUGAGGGUCCUUUACAGUUAUUUCCUUGUGAUUAAUAUUUGUCAUUAUUCAUCAAUAUGUAAAGAAUUUGUCAAGUAUAUUAGUCAAAAUGUAAAGCUUUUCUUAAAAAUUAAUUCUAAUACACAAGGAUAUUAGAUACAUACUGUCACAUUUAAUGUUAUCAGACCAUAAAAAACAAACAAAAGAUUACACGACUAUUAUUUUUUGGUUGGUUAAAAUAUUUCCCUUCCCCACGUACUAAAAAACUCUUAUUUCAUUGGGUAAAAUUACCUUCCCACUAACUUAAAAUUAUCAUUAGGAGUAAAAAUAAGGUAAUUUAACAAUAUACAAACAGUGCUAUAGAGUGGAAGCAUUAACAUGGUGGUAAUACAAAAUAAGACGGAUAUUUUACGUGGACGUUAACUAUAGUAGUACUGAAAGUUUUCCCCAAAUUCACACAAAAAUAGAUAUAUUUUUAGGAAGCUAUCACAUGCACAAGUUAAACAUAUUAAUAAAUUUUCGAUAUAUAAUCAUAAAUAUACUGUAACAUAUCUUAAUGUACUAUAAUAAAUAUAUCCUGUUCAUGUAGACAGUAAAUACCGGUAUAUCCUGUUCCUGUAGACAGUAAAUACCGGUAUAUCGUGUCUAUCAUCUGCAACUGAUAAUAUAAUGCCAAGUCUUACACAAGAGUAAACAGAGUACCAUCCUGUGUUCAAAUACCAUGAUAUAUUGUUGUCAAAAUGAGUGUCUAUAUAUUUGUUUAAUAUUGUAUGAGUAUGUUGUCCUUUUAUAUAUUUUCUGGUGGUAUGUGGCACUGUACAGGGUGUGGCAUAAGUCGUGUACCAUGAAUGAUAGUUUGUAUGGGGUGAUAUUUUUUUUUUAAUUUACCCACAAGACACCCUGUUUAAUCUAGCAUUCAAGUUGUACAAAGUUAUGACACACCCUGUACAACACACAUCCAUUAUGGCGCACAUUACUCCACACCUUGUACAACAUACAUCCUUUAUGGCGCACGUUACUCCACACCUUGUACAACAUACAUCCUUUAUGGCGCACGUUACUCCACACCCUGUACAACACAUCCUUUAUGGCGCACGUUACUGCACACUCUGUACCCCAUAGUACAUCAAAACACGACCUGUACUUCAUAUUAACAUUAAUCUCGGGGUUCCUGCUCACGAAACACAUCCAUAACCGAGAAAAAUCCAUAAAAUUAACAUUAUUCUCAACAGGUUAAAACACACUAGUGAUUUUUAACAUGUGACUUUGAUGUCAAUAAAGUGUUUCCCCGUAGGUCAUUACAGCAACACCUCAGAUAACACCCACUAUUUGACAACAAGACAUUAAUAACUUCUAUAGUUAAUAAUAUAAUAUAUUUUUAAGGUAUUUUAGUUUUCAGAAUUAUGUAAUGCAGUACUAUUUAGUAAUGUGCAGAUAAACUUAUUUGGUUUGAUAUUUU